AUGGCUAUUAUUUGUAUAAGACUUGAAGCAGAGGCGAACAUAGCAUUGAAUGUUUCACGAUUACUGGUUGGCACUCCACAUCCAUUUGCUUCACCCGUACAGAACUUACCUUCCCAAAUUGAUGAAGAAGCACACAAAAUGGGUGAUUAUCGGGACAUACUAAGCCUUACUAGGGUUCUUGUGCAUGGUCCUGAGAGCAAAGCAGAUGUUGACAUUGUAGUCGAAAGGUGUGCAGGCGCUGGGCAUUUGCAAGAUGAUAUCCUUUACUAUUGUAUGGAACUAGAGAAGUUUCCAGAUGAUGAUGAGCAUCGAGCAUACCUUAUGGACAUGGGUAUUAGGGCUUUAAGGCGUUACUUUUUCCUCAUCGCAUUCAGAUCCUACCUGUACUGCACCUCUGCAAGUGAGAUGAAAUUCACCACAUGGAUGGAAGCGAGGCCUGAACUUGGUCAUCUGUGUAAUAAUCUUAGGAUCGACAAAUGA